AUGAGUGAGAAGUCCAUGGCGAAGUUGGCCCAGAAGAAAUUCAUAGUUGGGUUGGAUCAUGUUCAUCUAAAGAAGUGUGCUGAUUGCCUGGCGGGAAAGCAAAAUAGAGUUGCUUUCAAAAGCUCCAUCCCUUCAAAAGCAAAGAACGUGUUGGAUCUAGUUCACUCAGAUCUCUAUGAACCCAAUGUCAACGUCAAAUCACUUGGAGGUGUCAGAUAUUUCUUGGCAUUCAUUGAUGACCAUUCACGGAAGACCUGGGUGUAUACCUUGAAAACCAAGGAUCAGGCCAUAGAUGUUUUCAAGCAAUUCCUGGCCUUGUUGGAGAGGGAAACUGGCAAGAAGCUGAAGUGCAUCCGCACUGACAAUGGUCGAGAGUACAGAGGUCCAUUUGCUACCUUCUGCAAGGAACAUGGAAUUUGGCAGCAAUUCAUACCACCAAAGAUGCCACAAUUGAAUGGGCUAGUUGAAAUGAUGAACAUGACCCUGCUAGAGAGAGUCAGGUGCUUGUUAUCACACUCGAAGCUACCACAAUCUUUCUGGGGUGAGGCACUGCUCGCAUCAGUUUAUGUGAGGAACAGGUCACCAAGUGUGCCACUGAAGUAUGACGCCCCAGAGAAGGUGUGGACAGGAAAAGAAGUUUCCUACAAACAUUUGCGGGUAUUUGGUUGCAAGGCCUUUGCCCAUAUUCCAAAGGAUGAAAGGUCAAAGUUGGAUUCCAAGACGCGACCGUGCGUAUUCAUUGGAUAUGGUCAAGAUGAGUUUGGCUAUAGAUUCUAUGAUCCAAUCCAGUAG